AUGCAGACUAUGCGGUGGUACGCGAGAGAACACUUAUUUGUUUUAUCCGUAAAGGUCUUCGCAGGUUCGUCAGUUACAGACCAUCUGUCGCUGCCCGUCGCCAAGCAGAAAUGGGGGAGGUUAUGGGGCAUCAAAUUCGAACGCGCGGUUGUCGUCGAUGCAGGAAUCAGGAUAAUUCCCAAGUCCGAGGAUGAUUACCGCAGGAUUAUUCGUCUCUUCAGUAAGGAAGAGGUGCCCCAUCACACUUUCCCUCUACCCCCGGAGAGGAACAUUCAUGCUGUAAUCAGAGGAGUACAUGCGACACUUUCGGAAAUUGAGAUCAAGGAAGAGUUGCAACAGAGGGGAUAUUCCCCCCUGCACAUAAUUCGCCUGAAACGCGCUAAAAUUGGACGGUAUAGACUUGAGCAAUAUGUGAUUCUAGAAGUAUGCGCUUUGGACAUCCUGCAAGCAGAUAAGGUUUUGUGUGUACUUUGA